CUGGACUACGGGAUCUGCCUGCAGUGUGUGAACAAGCAAGUGUAAAGCACUGAUUGUGCCGAAGCUGCAUCCACGCCGUGUUGGAAAGGCCGUCACAUACAUCGAGAGGAAGUCUGCAGUGGAAGGGCUGGUCGACAAAGACAAAAAAGUGCAGGAGCGACAAACUGCUUUUUUCAUAGCCUUUUGGGAAGAGGCACCAAGAAUCACUCGUAGCCACAACGAAAGAGUGAUUGAGAACGACAAACCGUCAGGAAAAGCCCUACAGACAGAGUCUGUCGUCAAGGACAUAGCGCAUUUGGUUGUUGUUACCUCUACUGAAGUUUGGAUAUCAAAAUCUUGUUAAAGUUGUUCAAGCGAAUAUGGUUGAUACACCAUGUGAUUGAGGACUCUGGCGCUGCCAAAGUCGCUGGGUACUGGAUCACAGAGGAACCAAAGGAGGCAUUUGUUGAAGAGAUUUUCCAUCUGCGAAUUGCGUGAAAUUGAUCAAAGCUACAACACAAAACACACAUCUUGCACGGACUGCAAUAUCAAAUACCCGCAAUUACGGAACAGUUCCUGAACUGGACGUUAUUUUCGAGAAAUUGGCUGCGCUUGGUUUGGGAAGAUAUGAUCGAGAUCAAUAUGGGAGGCAAAUUUGCAGGCAAAGAGAUGACGGAGCCAGCACCAGUUUUCAUUAAAAAACUUCCUGGUCCAAAUGAGGCACCACAUUUUAUUAACAUUUUGAACAAACAGGGGUUGACACUCCAACAUUGGGUUACAGAUUCCGCUGCAAAAAAAUUGUUUCCCUCAAAGUUGGCACCAGUUUAUUAUGCGGGAGGAGGCUUUGAUCAAUCUGCGAGCCUAGGAACGAAUUCGGCCUACGAUGUAAGGCAGAUUGACAAUACAGGAACUCAAAAUUUAGACAAGAAUUUCAGAGAGAAGGAAUUUCCUGAAGGCGAGCAAACAGUUGCUGGAAACAGGAUUGAUGGAAUGGAGGAAGAGGCCAAAGCAAGUCAAGUUUCAAACACUGACAAAAGAGAUGAACGAACUUUUGAAGGCGAGCAACGAAAAACUAAAGAGUCGUUUGAGCAUUUGAGAUCAAUGACUCAACGAUCAUCUGAAGCAUCACCUCUACGAGCUCAAGAGAACUGUCCCGGUCGAUCCAUACCAUUCAAUGGCGGACAUGAAGUUGAGGUACAAUCGCCUCUUAAAAGUGAUGCGAAUUGUGUUGAAGCAUCUUAAAGCACAUGGGAACCAUGCACCUGAUACGGAAAAUAAUUGUCCUGCAUCUUCAACGGUUCCAUCAUCUUCAGUUCCACCUCUGAAACAUGCCAAAUCUCAAGGCGAAUUGACUCUCAAGAUGCGAGCAAAGGGUCCCAGUACAUCCCCGAUUGGAGGAGAUGAAGUGGAAGUUCAAUCGCCUCUAAAAGUACCUGGAGCGCAAGAAGUUGGCGUGUGCCCAAGGAUGCAAAAAAGUAUUCCUUCAUCUUCAUUGUUCAGUGGAGAAAAUGAAGUUAAAGCCAGAUCACCUUCCAAAUCUGUAACUAAUUCUCUUGGGGCAUCAUUGCAAUCACAGGGACAAUAUGAAGCUGAUGUGGCUGGCAGGCUGGAAACCAAUCCUCCCACAACGACUGUCUUCUCACAGCCAUCUGGAAAGAGUCAAAAGUCUCAGUCAUCCUCGUUGAACACUCGAUCACGCAAAGCAGGUCAGAAGAGUCAAGUAGGGGCAAUCUCCCAACCACGAAGCAAGAGAGAAACUGAAGAAGUUUCGGGGGAUCUCCCAAUGGUUCGUGACCAUGGUUCACAACACAUUUCAGAGGAUGACGUUGUUGAUUUGGCAGGGGAUGACUUGAACAGCGACAACGUGAAGCAAAAAGAAGAAGAGGAGGAGGAGGAGGAGGAGGAGGAGGAGGAGGAGGAGGAGGAGGUGGAUGGCAAGAAGGAAGUGGAAGGAAAAUGUAAGGAGAAAGAACAAAAUGCCACAGGUGGUGGAGGAGAAGUACAGGAGUGGGAGGAGAAGGUGGAGCUGGAGGAUGGGGAGAAGGAAGAGGGAGGAGGAUGAACUAUUGAAGUGUGAAAAAUAAAACAUGAUGAAGUGAAAGGAGAAGAACGUGACGUUAUGAAGCACAUGCGGGCUUCGAAAUUUCAACAACAAUUCAUAAUGACAGAGAAUGGCUAACAAGAUUCCUUACGAUUGAAGACCAACGAAAAGAUGUCUCCAGGCAUAAACACACGGAUCGGUAUGCUAUCAAUCGACAAAGGCUCGAAGAUGCAUACUUUCGAUGAAGGGCAGCAAUCUUUCCGCAAAGGCAUUGCGCACAUUUGAUAGAUUUCAUCGAUUAUCAUAUGAAGAUUGAUGAAAUACUUUCACAGCUUCAAGAUCAGUUCUGGUUUCAUCUUCUUGAGGAGGCACAAAAUCACCCCGAAAAGUGUAAUGUUGAACGUUGUGGAAGAUAUUGUCAAGUGGAUGGGCAUUUCAAAGUGUGCAGGACAAGAUGUGCCAAGCAAGAUGUCACAUUGUAUCACACCGCAAUUGGGAAAAUUGUGAAAGGAUGUCCAGAGACACUGGCCGCUGGGAAGAAAUGGUGCCCUUUACAAUAUCACGAGAGAUAAGAGCAACAGAAGAGUGAACGUGCACAAAAAUUUCCAGCCUCGGAUGAUAUUCCCAGUUGUUCUCAAGCACCCAGUGCAUCAUCGGCUAUUCCCAAAUGUUCAGAAGACCCCAUUGCAUCACGGACUAGACUGAAGUCUGCAACCAGCAUGGCCAAUGCAGAGUGCAUCAUCAAAUCGGAGCAGUUCAACAACAACAUCUGGUAUCUUGUGAAGUGGAAAUCUCAACCAUACUCAAAGUCAUUAUGGUGCACCGAAAGCGAUUUUGGAGGAAAAAAUGGAGAGGAAAUCCUAAACAGAUUCAAAGAUACGGAAUUGCCAUUGGAUUUUUACGAGGACCCAACCAUUCAAGAAGAAGACAUGACAGAGGAGGCAGCUCAGAGAAGGAAAGCUUCAAAGCUUGAUAGGACAACUUGCACGCCAAGAACUUUGGACGACAAGAAAAAAAACACAUGUGGCACUGUGCAUUGUUUCUGGGCAUGCGGGUUCAUGUUCCCACCCUUGGAAAUGGUUCUGGCUGAAUCAUGUACACAAGUAUAUCAUUACUUGUUGACAUUAUUCGCAAACCAUCAAUUUCCAGAAUAUAUUGGGUAUGAUGACAUGUGUCAUCUUCUUCGUUUUGCUCUGAAUGAGAAACGACGGAAUGCAACUUCCAAGACAACGGAAUUCACAGAUCUUGAAAAAGUUCAUCAUGUGGUUGAUAAGUUCCAUUUUGAGAAUCAUGUCGGGCAUUGGUGCAAGAAAAAUGUCAGCCCUUUGAACUA